UAAGUUAUUAUAGUUUGUACAAAAAAAAAAGUUUUCUGAUAAUCAUGCUUAAUGAUUAAAAUAGUGUGAUUUUCAGAGAAAAGAGAGCUUUAUAGAUUUAUUUAUUAUUUUAGCACAAGGUUGCAGGAACAACUAUGAUUUUUUCAGGUAAAGCUGAAGGGUACAUUUAUAAUGCUUUUGAUAAAAAAGAGUGAAAGAGAGAUUCAUGAAACAUACUUUUGGGUGGGGGAGUCUGGUCAAAGUUCUUUGGGUUCUUGCUUCCUGGGCUUUUGGUUUUGUGUUUUGUGAAGAUUGAGACUGCUCAGUAUGCUUUGUUUUUUCCUUGGGUUUUUCACUUGUUUCUUGUACUGAUGGUGGGAUAUCUUCAUCAAGUAGUUUAUUAAACCAAGUUCUUUCCUUCUUGAGUGGAAAGGUUUCAAGUUUUUUUGGUUUGUUUUCUGAUGUAAAUUGGAAGGUGGGUUUGGAUUGAAAAUGAAAUCUUUGAGUGGUGUAGGACUUGGUUUGAGUAUAGUUUUUGGUUGUCUCUUGUUGGCUUUGAUUGCUGAGUUGUAUUACUUGUUAUGGUGGAAGAAGAGGCUAACAGGCAGAGAUUUGGAAAAUGAUUACAGCAAUCCAGCUAGAGAGUUCUUUUACAUGUUUUGUUGGAAAAGGUCAGCUUCCAUGACUCACUCAGCUUUGAAUCCUCAAGGAAUUAGACUGAGAGAAGAACAACAAUCUCAUCAUCAUCAUCUGGACUCAAACAAAGAUUUGUUGCUCAAGCCUUUUGAUGAUCAUGGCGUGGAAAGUGAGCUACUGAGGCUGCAUAGUCUGUCAGGGCCACCAAGAUUUCUCUUCACAAUUAUUGAAGAAACAAAGGAGGAUUUGGAGUCAGAGGAAGCCAAGUCCAAGUGUGAUAACAAGAGUAGAGUAGGGUCAAGAGGGAGGAGCUUGAGUGAUCUACUUCUUACUGUUGAAACACCAUAUUUAACCCCUCUUGCUUCUCCACCAUUUUUCACUCCUCCUCUUACUCCAAUGGAAGCCUGUUAUAGUCACCAAGGAUUCAACCCUUUGUUUGAAUCUGCAACUGAUGCAGAGUUUAACAGGAUAAGGUCAUCAUCACCUUCCCCAAAGUUCAAGUUCCUGCAAGAAGCAGAGGAGAAACUUCAUAGGAAAAAAUCAAUGGAAGAAGCUGAGAGUAAUGAUGGAUUUGAUCAAGAAAAUGGUGACAUGACUCCUCCUUCAAAGUAUCUCAAAGAUGAGGAAGAUGGAUCUUUUAUCACAAUCAUUGUUGAUAGGAACAAAGAAAGGGGGUUUAAUCACUAUCAUCAACACCAAUUUCAUUCAGGUACUUCCUCUUAGUUCUUCACCUUCAACAUUCAAGUCACCAGCCAGAACUACUCCCAUCUAACAAUGUUUUUGGAGUUUCAUGACCAACCAAAGUAAAAUGAAAAUUCCUUUUUUUUUUUUUUAUAAUUAUUAGCUUUUUCUUGGUAGUUUUAGGUUUUGAGGGGGAGAGACAACAUUCUAUUCUACAACAUGAUGAUGUGAGGUGGUCUAAUGCAAGUGGAAGGAGACAAGUGGGGUUACUUGUUUUAUUUCAAUCUCCAUGUCUCCUGAGCUGUUUGAUUCCUGUGAUCAUUCUAUGAGUGAAUUGAUUUACUAAUGUUCUUUCUUCAAAGAGCCUUGUAAAAUUUUUUGAACAAAAUUUUAUGAUCCAAGUUGUCCAAUUUUCUGGAUCAAAGUAAAAUGUAUCUUUUUUUCAUAAAUAUCGUGCAUUUGAAAUUA